AUGAAUCAGGUAGCAAAUUCACUGCCGGAUGCGCACACAAAUGACGAUUUCCUAACUUUGCUAAAAAACGAUGAACAAUUUCGCCUGGGGCAUUUACGACUUUACAAAGCAGAAUUAUUGGAAGCAGUGAAUAGUGUUGAAAAAAUACUACUGUUUUCCGAUUUUUUCGAUAAAGAAUCUUUGGAGUCUCUUACUGAGAUGUACCUGGAUGAACCUAACCAGCAAACGGCAUUAUCUUAUUUCUGGUAUGGAAUAUGCUUCAAGCGGGAAGCCAUAGAUCGUUUGUUGUCCAUUGCUAUGGAAGAUCAAAAAUCUCUUUUUGAUUUAAUUCAUGAAGACAUCCAUGAAAAUUCAUUAAUUUAUUAUCGCAAAAUGUUCGAUGGCGAUCCUGCAAAGAUGGACAAGAUUACCUUGACGCUAGAACCAUUACCAAUCUGUAUAAGACUUGGUCAUGAAGAAUAUGGUCCCAUCAAACGUGUUGUUCAGGAAAUGAUGAAGAGUAGAAAAUAUGAUGAAGCAUCAUGCUACUUGAUGAGGAACUUACCCAGGGUGCAGAAGAAGAAUUGCAAGGCAUCUGAUUGGUAUUUCGAUUUUCUGAAUGCUUGUCUUGGAGAUGCUAUUAAUUGUUCAAUACCUGAAGUUAUAGAUGCAGAUUACAAAGCUCAUUUAGACAUUUACUUUGCGCAAAAUCGAGUAACAGCACCUCAUAAUAAAUCCUCGACAUCAUGUGGAUUACCUGAAAGUAUGUAUGCAAUGGAAGAACCGGAGAAACCAGAAAACCGCACUCAGGAACAGUACAAGAAAUAUCGAAUUAAGGCUUUCAGUGAUGAGGUAAUGGAACUCGUUGAAGAUGCCGAACCAAUUGAAUUGCGGCCAUACCAACAAGAAUUAGUUGAAUCAGCUUGUCGAGGUGUAAAUACUAUCAUUUGUGCUCCAACUGGUUCUGGAAAAACUGUUGUGGCUGCACAUAUUAUUUUAGAACAUUUUCGAAAGAUGAAGUCAAUCAAUAAACCAUCUAGGGUGGCUAUGCUUGUACCCACAGUUCCACUUGUAGAGCAGCAGUGUAUAAUGUUCAACCGUUAUUUGAGAAAAAUAUUUUGGGUAGAUGGUAUGUGUGGUAGUGAACCAGUCGAUGAAGCUGGACGCGCUCCAUAUGUUUUAGCAAGCUACUUAACUGUCUUUACGCCGCAAAUUUUUAUAAAUUUGUUAAAGAGUGUACGUCGAGAAGACCGUUUGUAUUUCACCGAUUUCACAUUGUUUGUGUUUGAUGAAUGCCAUCAUUGUGAUGGGGAACACCCUUAUAACGUUCUAAUGCGAAUGUUGCACCGAUUUGAUGGCCCUAAACCUCAAAUUGUGGGCCUAACUGCCUCUCUGCCUCUCGGUGCUGGACGCGCAAAUGUUGAAGCAGCUCUUGAUCACAUGAUGGAUUUAUGUGCAAAAUUAUCGGCCCAUUCAAUAAGUACAGUUCGAAAACAUGUAGAUAAUCUUCGUCAUCAUGUAAAGCCACCUGUAGAUGAGAUAAGGCGUGCUUUUCGACCUGAAUUUGAUAACUUCGUGCAUGCGCUAGAGAUCUGCAUGAAAAAAAUUGAGUUGUCUAUGAAACCAGAGCUUGAAAAAAUAUGCGAAAGUAAAUUAAUUCAUCUUAAAAUGGAUGACAUUACAUUCCCUUCGCAAAAAAGUACAGUGCGUUAUGAAAGUCUCGUUGGAAGCUUGAAAAAUCGUAUAGGAGAACUUCCUGGUAGCAGAGUAAAACACCAGAUUAUGAAAAUGCUGAAUCAUCUUGGAUAUUACUGUCGUGCUCUUAGUUUGGCUGAUUUGUUACCAAAUUGGUAUGCUUAUUGUUAUUUGCGCGAUAAUAUGAAGGAAGAAAUUGCUCAUGGUGAUGUUGGAGAUACAUGUUCGAUUCAAGUUCAGUUAGAAAAGCUUUUUGAAAAAUUUAUGAAACCGAAUGAGCUAAAUUUUCAAGAAAGUGAUAAUGGUGAAGAGAAAGAAAUCCUAAAAAUUUUGCAUACGAUUUUACGUGAUCAGUACAUUUCUGAUCCAACAUCCAGGACGAUAAUUUUUGUAACAACGCGUAAAUUAGCUCAGUGUUUAUCAACACAUUUGAACAAUGUACGAGUUGUAGAUGGCUCGAAUCGUGCGGUUGGAUACAUUACCAGCUCAAAUCAGUCAACUGCAAGCAGUGGUCAAACAACUGAUGAACAGCGUGUAACGAUUGAAAAGUUUAAUCAGGGAGUAAUCAAAGUUUUAGUUGCUACAUCGGUUGCUGAAGAAGGCUUGGAUAUAUCAGCUUGUAAUUUAAUAAUUAAAUACAACAACACUGGUUCAGAAAGAUCACUUAUCCAACGAAGAGGUCGAGCUCGAGCAAAGCAUAGCAAAUCGGUCUUGAUAGCGUUGGAUGGUUCUAUUGAAGAGAGAGAAUUAGAAAAUAUCCAGAAAGAGUUUUUGAUGAGACGUUGCUUGGAGCAUAUGCAAACGAUGUCGGAAAGGCAAAUGAGGCAGAUGGCGAGUUUACAUACCUUGUUGUUUAUGAAACUUUCAUUACCUGUUCUGGUAGAAAAUAAAAUUAAUCAAACAAAAGCUCUUCAAGAAGCAGAUAUAUUGAGAGAGAAGGAAAGAAAGCGUGUACUGGAAGGCAAAUGCUAUGACUUGAAAUGUCGCUUAUGUGGUGCAUUUAUAUGUAAAAGUAGCAGCAUGCGUAUUGCCUGUGACAGUCAGUAUGUUUGCUGUGAUCCAACAAUAUGGGGACGUAUAAGCGCUCAAGCUCACGAUGCUAAAUCUGUUGCGAUCGCAACACUUGUCGGUAAGUCGUACUGUAAAGGAGACAAUGAAACGGAAUGUAACGAAGUGUUAGGUACAAUUGUCAAGUUGUAUGGUGCAUUUCUGCCAACAAUAACUGCAAAAGCUAUAUUUAUUGAUGAUGAGGAUGCACCGUCGUCUAUUCGUCCUCAUUAUGAGAAAAAGUGGGAUGUUAUAACAUCAGAGAAAUUUUGUGUCGACCCAAUUACUGAAUCAGACUUGAAAAUAAUGCUCAACUCACUGUACACUUACUCACAAGAAAAACAUAUGGAGUUCGAAGCAGAAGCUGUACUUGCUGUGCAGCGUGCAGUCGCUGACAUGAAAAAGAAAUAA